AUGCGCGCUCAAGCUCUCGCAGCAGUUCUUCUCUCGGCCUGUGCCGGCCAGACUGUUGCUCAGGAUGCUCCUCGAGUCAACGACAACCCUCCUGGCGUUGGAUUCAAGGCCACUCUACCCAAGGAGCCCUUCUUCAAGGAUGCUGCCAUCGAUGGAAAUGUCAAGGGCUACAUCCACGCCCAGGCUACCGACUCUGGUCAGGGUGUGAAGUUUAUGGUCAAGUUCAGCAACCUCCCCAAGGAGGGUGGACCUUUCACCUACCACAUUCACGUUGAUCCUGUCCCUGACAACGGCAACUGUACUGCGACUCUCGCUCAUCUCGACCCAUUUGCGCGCGGCGAGGAUCCUCCCUGUGAUGCCGAGAAGCCUGAAUCUUGCCAGGUCGGAGACAACAGUGGCAAGCAUGGAAAGAUCACAAGCGACCCCUUCGAGACCGAGUACAUCGACUAUUACGCUUCCACCAAGGAGGGUAUCGGUGCCUUCUUUGGCAACCGCUCCUUCGUCCUUCACUAUGCCAACAAGACUCGCAUCACAUGCGCCAACUUUGUCUCUCAGAUCAAACCUCCUGCCACCAAUGAGUCUUACUCCGCCCCGGGAUAUCUGCCUACUCCCACCGAGACUGUCACGUUGACACCCACUCCCAGCUCUAAAGUACCGGCCUCUACUGCGACUUCUGGCGUGACUUCUGCUCCCACUUCUACUGCGAUCGACGUCGUUGGCCCCAACGCAGGCUCUUCUAUGGCUGUGCCAAUCAACCUGGCUCUGGCCGGUGUCUUUGCGCUCGCUUUCGCUCUGUAA